UUUUGACAUUGAUGGAACGUGAGUGGGUGCAAUGGUGGGAUAUUUGUGAUAAAUUCUCCAGAUUAAUCAAUAUUACAAACCCAACUCUGUUAUAAAAAUUGUGAAUUCAAGUGUCAAUAUCAAAUUUAGGACGGAAUAAAAUCAAUAAACAUUAAACAUGGAUGAAUAUACAAGAGAACCUUGCCCGUGGCGUAUUUUGGAUGAUUCUGGAGGUGCUUUUAUAAUGGGAGCUAUCGGCGGAGGCAUUUUCCAUUCAAUAAAGGGGUUCAGGAAUGCGCCAGUGGGGUUCAGUAGAAAAAUGCUCGGAAGUUUGGCCGCCUUGAAAGAACGCUCUCCUAUUGUUGGUGGUAACUUUGCAGUUUGGGGUGGAAUGUUCUCCACCAUCGACUGCUCCUUAGUGUAUUUGCGGCAGAAGGAGGACCCUUGGAAUUCUAUCAUGAGUGGGGCACUCACUGGUGGGAUACUUGCAGCUAGAAAUGGUGUCCCUGCUAUGGCUGGCAGUGCUCUAGUUGGUGGCAUACUUUUGGCUUUAAUAGAAGGUAUAGGUAUCAUGUUCUCCAGGAUAACAGCAGACCAGUUUAAACCACAGCAACCCAUAUUCGAGGAUCCAUCAGUGCUAGGUAGCCAAGGACAGGCUCAGAGUCAAUCGUUCCAAUAGUUUAGGUCUUAAGAUUAAAACUGUUCUGAUUGUACAGUCUUGCUCUAACAAUCUCUUCUGUAAUACCAUCUUAAAACUUCACUCUUUAUUAUUUAAAAUACGUCUUCUUUGUCUAGAAUUGUA